CGGGAGAAAAAUAACCAUUGGCUAUAACGCUCGUUUUGAGCAGCCAAUGAGAAUGUAGUUCACUGUUCGGAUAUAGUUCUGAAGAAAAACUGAAAAAAUAGUAAUAGAAGAAGAAGCCAAGCCAUGGGUGUUUGAGAAUUAAAGAUCUUGUUCUACUAAAUUGUUUCUUUAAUCCAUUCUUUCCAAUGUGAAAUCCUUACUAUCUGCUUACUUCCUUGGACAAUUUCUAAUCAGGUGAUAUGACUGGAAACAUACCUGAGGUCCAAAGUAGACGUGUAGAGCAUACAUGUUUAGCUCAAAAUGUAAAUGCUUCUGCUGAUUCUCCUAAAACUUCUUCAGAAGUCUUCCCAUCUGCUAUUGAAUUCUAUGUCUGGUCUGAUGAGGGAAUUAAUCUUUACGUGGAUUUAAAUUCUAGCCCUUUGGAUUGGACUGAAAGAUUAAAAAAUGAGGUUUACAUCUGUGAGAGCAUCUACAGAGACAAACGUCUGCAACAAAACCUCUGUUGGUUUAAAGGUCAUAAAGAAUUUGCAAAAUCUUUUCAGUGGAAUAAUCAUGCUGGCCUAUUCAAGGGUGGCUAUUUACAGAAGGAAACUCCCUCCUGUUCGAACCUGAUGAUAAAUAAUAGCACGGAGGCUGGCCGGUUAGAUGAAGCUGAUGGAUCUGUAAUCUUCUCUCGUAUUACGUCUCAUGCCAUUAAUGCAGAUGCUUCUGAAAAUUUAGAUGAAAAUCAGACAAUCAUAUCUUCUGAAACUGAUUUUGAUAGGCAAAACCAGAAAAUUGCUGGGUCUGAAUUUUGUGCGGAAGAGGAUAAUCGUGCUACGAGUCUUGAUUUUGAGAUUGACAAUGAUUUACAGAAAAAGGAAAAUUCUGACCCAAUUUCUGGUGGUCAAUCUGAUCUUUCCAUAUUAGUCCAUCAAAAUUUUACGCUUGAAAGUGAAAUGUGUGAAUCUUCAACACUGCAGAACAGCUGCAGUGCUUUAAACCUCUCUGUGGAGAAUCCUGGAAGCUCAGCAGCUGGUUCUAUGGACAUGGAAUCAUCAGAUAUUGAACAAUGCUCUAAAGAUGUCUCUUGUUCACCUUGUAGAGCAUUACCACAGGGAGACUCAAAUGUUUCUGAUUACUGCUUGCAAACAAGUGCAGAGAAGUCGGAGAGGAACAACUUAAGUGUUGCAACGGAGAGUUCGGAAUGCUCUCAAAUCCGUGAAUCUAUGGAGAAAACGUUGCCUGUAUCUCAUAGUCUCGAAUCUAAUGGAGCACAUAAGAAGAGGAAACUCACUAAAACUGAAACAAAAUGUUAUAGUCAACCUGAUAGAAGAGUUUUAAGAAGUGUAACGAAUAAACAGAGGCUACCUAGAAGAUCCAGGCGGCUCGUUUCAAAGGUUGUGUUGACUGUUGCCACGUUGCGAAUCAACAAUUUUUUCCCUGGAAAUGUACAAGAUUGUAUCCAGGUUUCUUCUUUAGUUGGAUGGGGUACGAACUCUUAUCAUUUAAAGGAAGAAAUCAAGUAUGUGUAAGGCUGACGAGUUUCAUAUCUGAAGAAAUUCUUAUAAAGAAGAUUCUUUAGGGACACAAUUCUGAGAUCAUCAUAUGAUACAUUUUAGAAUAAAAAUGACUUUUUAGUAUUGAGCAGUUUCUGCUGUUUAUAGAAGUCAUUUUUGCGCCUUGCUUGUUCUAUCUAUGUGUAGUAAAUUCGAGUUAUACUUACCAUAACUAGGGCCCUAUUUGAUGAUGGUUUCAUUUUUAGUAUCACAUUACAAUUUUCUUCUCAAA